UAAGGGGGCGUGGCUAAGCCUCCAGAGUGGGCGGAGCCACCUUCCCAGCUUGAGGAGGAACCCUUUCGCCUUCUGGAGAAGAUUGUCCUUUGGUGCGACCCGUAGCGCUCACGUGGUUCCACCUGGGCUCAGGUGAGGGCGGGGCCUGAGACGCCGUUCACCUGGCUGGGCAGAUUUUAAGCUCCUAGGAAACAGGGACGUGCCUCUUUGGACCCAUGAAACUCUGUUCGGUGCCAGGGUUGUCUGUAAUGGAUGAAGCAGCUGUUUAGGGUCUCUCGUAACCCCCAAAGAAGGCAAAACAAAAGGAGUUCCAAGGGUGGCAAGUCAUGCUUGGAAGGAGACAAGGGCUUCACCAAAAUCUGAGUGACCACCACCAGCCCCACGAGGAUGUGGCUGUCUCUCCAAGGAUCGUCACGCCCAGGGCGAACAAUAUCAGCCUGGAGGUGUUCAGUGGCUCCACCCCGGAGCUCAAGCCGGCCCGGAAGACGCCGCGGGAUCGGAGAAACCGCAAAGCCGAUCCCAAAGACCCCAACGGGAGGGAAGGCGAGACCAUCACCUUCAUCUCAGGCCCGGCAGACCCUCCCCAGUCCGCCUGCUGCCCCAGCUUCUCCCAGGCCUGGAGCGCCUACAAAGCCAUCUUCUGCUGCAUCGUGACCUGCGGGGGCUGCUUCCGGGAUUGCAAGCCCAAAAUCCCCUACCCGUACAUCGAGACCUUGACGGAGGACGUCAAGGGCCAAGAGUGCAAUGGACGUUCGCCAACCAGCCCGACGAGCGGCUCCCCCGCCGAGAAGAACGGGAACCCGACCAAGAAGAGCACCGUGGGCAGCAGUUUCAGCUACACGGAUAUCAAGCUGAAAGGGGUCCCGGUCUUUCCGAACCGGAGCCCCAGCUCCCACACCGACACGGAUUCCUGCUACAAGGAGCCUCUGCCGGAGAAGAUCUCCUGGCCCAGCCAGAAGCAGCAUCCGCCCAGCAGCCACCGCAGCUCCGAAGAACAUUACUCCUUCCACGAGUCGGACUUUGAGUUUGGGGAGCUGAACAGUUCCAUGUCCAGCCGGGAGAUCGACGUCCUGAUCUUCCGGAAGCUGACCGAGCUCUUCAGCGUCCACCAGAUCGACGAACUGGCCAAGUGCACCUCGGACACGGUCUUCCUGGAGAAGACCAACAAGAUCUCGGACCUCAUCAACAGCAUCACCCAGGACUAUCACCUGGACGAGCAGGAUGCCGAGUGCAGGCUGGUCCGCGGGAUCAUCCGCAUCAGCACCCGCAAGAGCCGGGUCCGGCCCCGCGUCUGUAUCCCCACCCUGCCCAGCCAAGAGGAGAACAGCACCCGGGGAAACCCGCCCGACAGCGGCAACGAGACCAUGGUGGCCUCCGUGCUCACCAGCGAAGAAGACUUGUCUGUGAAGAUAUCCGUAGAAACCACGGCAGAUGUGAAAGCCAGGUACAUGAGGCACGGGCCGUACAGCGUCACAGGAUCCCCACUGAGCAGAGGCUCUUCUUACCAAGACACAGAGACAGACUCUUCCGGAGCCCCGCUACUAAAAGCGUAUUGCUGAGAAAAGCGGACCUCGGGGCAGCAAAUCCGUUUUCUAAAUGGCAAACACGAUGCUUGUUGGCUUGCCCUUGAAAUCCAUUUGGCCUCCUUUUUAAUUUGAGUUUUAAAAGACCCUGGCAAAGCUGGUGACGCAGGUAUAGUAUAGAAGCAAAAGAGCAGGCAAGGAAACCACAUGUUAAUAGGAUUGCUGCAUUUCUUCAGGGCUGAUUCGGCUGCAAACAUGCCUUCUGUUGACCCCUUCGUGCCUUUUUUUGGGGAGCAACUUUCGUCUCGUCAUCCCGAAUGCCAAAGCCAGAAAACGUUUCCGUGCUCUUGCUAUGCAAGAUCUCACUUGGAUUCGUCUGUUUUGUGAUGCUUGGAGAUUUGCAGGACUUGUGUCCAUAGCUACACAUGUGGUGGUUGCCAUGCUUUGACCGAAAAGUGCCUGCUCAUUCUGACCUGCCCUGACAACAUGCAAUAAUAAUAAGAGACUUCAAGCAACGUGUUGUCAAAGCUACAUGACAUGAUCUGCAAAUGAACUGGCCAAGAUUUGAGUUUAUGUGGAUCGCUGGCUGGUUAUGUCGGAACCACAAAGUGCCAACCGUAGCUACACAUGUGGUGGAUGCCAUGCUUUGACCGAAAAGUGUCUGCUCAUUCUGACCUGCCUUGACAACAUGCAAUAACAACAGACUUCAAGCAAUGUGUUGUCAAAGCUACAUGACAUGAUCUGCAAAUGAACUGGCCAAGAUUUGAGUUCAUGUGGAUCGCUGACUGGUUAUGUCAGAACCACGAAGUGCCAACCGUAGCUACACAUGUGGUGGAUGCCAUGCUUUGACCGAAAAGUGUCUACUCAUUCUGACCUGCAUUGACAAUACGCAACAACAACAUACUUCAAGCAACGUAAUCUGGGACUACGUGUUGUCAAAACUACAUGACAUGAACUUCAAAUGAACUGGCCAAGAUUUGAGUUUAUGUGGUUCGCUGGCUAGUUAUAUUGGAACCACGAAGUGCCAACCGUAGCUACACAUGUGGUGGAUGCCAUGCUUUGACCGAAAAGUGCCGGCUCAUUCUGACCUGCCUUGACAACAUGCAAUAAUAAGAGACUUCAAGCAAUGUGUUGUCAAAGCUACAUGACAUGAUCUGCAAAUGAACUGGCCAAGAUUUGAGUUUAUGUGGAUCGCUGGCUGGUUAUGUCGGAACCACAAAGUGCCAACCAUAGCUACACAUGUGGAUGCCAUGCUUUGACCGAAAAGUGUCUGCUCAUUCUGACCUGCAUUGACAACAUGCAAUAACAACAGACUUCAAGCAAUGUGUUGUCGAAGCUACAUGACAUGAUCUGCAAAUGAACUGGCCAAGAUUUGAGUUUAUGUGGAUCGCUGGCUGGUUAUGCCGGAACGACAAAGUGCCAACCGUAGCUACACAUGUGGUGGAUGCCAUGCUUUGACCGAAAAGUGUCUGCUCAUUCUGACCUGCCUUGACAACAUGCAAUAACAACAGACUUCAAGCAACGUGUUGUCAAAGCUACAUGACAUGAUCUGCAAAUGAACUGGCCAAGAUUUGAGUUCAUGUGGAUCGCUGACUGGUUAUGUCAGAACCACGAAGUGCCAACCGUAGCUACACAUGUGGUGGAUGCCAUGCUUUGACCGAAAAGUGCCUGCUCAUUCUGACAUGCCUUGACAAUACGCAACAACAACAUACUUCAAGCAACGUAAUCUGGGACUACGUGUUGUCAAAACUACAUGACAUGAACUUCAAAUGAACUGGCCAAGAUUUGAGUUUAUGUGGUUCGCUGGCUAGUUAUAUUGGAACCACGAAGUGCCAACCGUAGCUACACAUGUUGUGGAUGCCAUGCUUUGACCGAAAAGUGCCGGCUCAUUCUGACCUGCCUUGACAACAUGCAAUAAUAAGAGACUUCAAGCAACGUGUUGUCAAAGCUACAUGACAUGAUCUGCAAAUGAACUGGCCAAGAUUUGAGUUUAUGUGGAUCGCUGGCUGGUUAUGUUGGAACCAUGAAGUGCCAACCGUAGCUACACAUGUGGAUGCCAUGCUUUGACCGAAAAGUGCCGGCUCAUUCUGACCUGCCUUGACAACAUGCAAUAAUAAGAGACUUCAAGCAACGUGUUGUCAAAGCUACAUGACAUGAUCUGCAAAUGAACUGGCCAAGAUUUGAGUUUAUGUGGAUCGCUGGCUGGUUAUGUUGGAACCAUGAAGUGCCAACCGUAGCUACACAUGUGGAUGCCAUGCUUUGACCGAAAAGUGCCGGCUCAUUCUGACCUGCCUUGACAACAUGCAAUAAUAAGAGACUUCAAGCAACCUGUUGUCAAAGCUACAUGACAUGAUUUGCAAAUGAACUGGCCAAGAUUUGAGUUUAUGUGGAUCACUGGCUGGUUAUGUCAGAACCACGAAGUGCCAACCGUAGCUACACAUGUGGUGGAUGCCAUGCUUUUACUGAAAAGUGCCUGCUCAUUCUUACUUGCCUUGACAACAUGCAAUAGCAAGAGAAUUCAAGCAACGUAAUCUGGGACCACGUGUUGCCAAAACUACAUGACAAGAGCUGCAAAUGAACUGGCCAAGAUUUGAGUUUAUGUGGAUCGCUGGCUGGUUAUGUUGGAACCACAAAAUGCCAACCGUCAUCCAGAGUCAGAAAUCAAGGUUGGAGUGAAGCAAAUUGUUCUUCAAUCAUCCUGUUGAAAACAAUGAGGCUGAAACAGGACAAAUAGGUUGCGAGUCCCAGUCGAAUGCCAUGGGAUGCUGUUUCAAACGCAGUUGUCAGUUCCGCUUUUCUAAUCUUAUCCUUCCCAUCCUUCCCAGAGUUUAAUUCUUGGCCAGUAAGAUAAGAAGCUGAUUUACAGCCGGGCAAAUCCGUAGUUUUCAUUGUAAUCCAUGCCAUUGAGAAACCCUCUCUGAUAAGUUUUGUCGAUUUCAGAGGACUUUGGGAGAGAUGAGUUGCAUAUCUAGAGGCAAGCUAGUUUCAGUCUAGUUUAUCUCCUCUUGAAGGAACAAUAGGAGCUGUAUUUUAAGACAACGCUUUUAGGGAUCUUCCCCUGUUUGCAAGACUGAGAAGCAAGUUGAAAACAAUCUGAAACUGGUCUUAAGUUUGUACAGAUGUGGCGGAGAGUUCACAACAAGGUACAAUUUUCAUGAAAGCUGUGCUUUCAGCUUAAUGCUUCAGCUUUAUGUUGCUUAUAAGAGGAGCUAUGGUGUAAAUAGUUAGUUUCUGCAACUGGUGUGGGUAGUUUCGCCAAAUUUUUGGUGUUUCCAAAACAGUCUAUCACAGGCAUGGGCAAACUUGGUCCGUCCGGGUGUUUUGGACUUCAACUCCCACAAUUCCUAACAGCCUACCGGCUGUUAGGAAUUGUGGGAGUUGAAGUCCAAAACACCCGGACGGACCAAGUUUGCCCAUGCCUGGUCUAUAGAGUUGUAUCUGCCAGUAAAUAUUUUCCUCUUUUGCUUUGGUUGAAGAGCAGAACUGCUUAUGCUUAAGGUUAAAAAGAACCCCAAAAUGUACAUAUUGUAGAUAUAAUCAUGCAAAGUAAAGUUUAAUAUUAGGUUA